UUCGGGCUCGAGCCGCAGCCGCCAACGUCCCAAGCGACCGAGCCAAGCGCGUCACCCGCCACACUGUCACAGACGCGACGCGCUCCCGCUCCCCGACGAUGCCGGCGGCGGCGGCGCUGUCCGACGACGACCGCCUGGUCGUCGCCCACUGCGCCGCGCUCUCCUUCCCACCCGCCUCCCAGCCGCCGCCCCCUCCCACCACCUCCUCCUCCUCCUCGGGCGCCGGCGCGGGCGCCUCCUUCCAGGUGCACCACGCGUCCCACCCGUACCCCUGCGCCGCCUUCGCGUUCCCGCCCUCCUGGUCCGCCGCGCCCGGCUGGGCCGCCGCGGGGCGCGCGGCGUUCGGGGACGCGGAGGUGGACCCGUCCCUCUUCCCGUCGCUCCGCAGCGUCGGGAGCGGCGUCCCCGCGCGCGCCAACGCCGCGUUCCUCGCCUCCUUCGGCGCCCUCCUCGACGGCUCGCCGCUCCAGUCCGAGGUAUCUAGAGCUGUGGCAGAAGAGAAGCGUAUUGUAUUCACAGGCCAUUCAUCAGGGGGUUCAAUAGCUACCCUUGCUGCCAUAUGGUUUCUUGAGACCUGCACCAGGAGAGGCAGUGUUAAUCAGGCACACCCAUUUUGUGUAACCUUUGGGGCUCCUCUUGUUGGAGACAAUACCUUUAACAAUGCUGUUCGAAGGGAGGGCUGGUCACAGUGUAUUUUGAAUUUUGUCGUGCCAGUAGACAUCAUCCCCCGCAUACCACUUACUCCGCUUGCAUCUGCCACAGAAGGAAUUCAAGCUGUUCUGGAUUGGUUAUCCCCUCAAACUCCGAACUUCUCGCCUUCUGGGAUGCCACUCAUCAUAAGUCAGUUUUAUGAAAAUUUACUGAGAAGCACACUUUCUAUUGCGAGCUAUGAGGCCUGUUCCUUCAUGGGAUGCACUAGCUCGAUCUUAGGAACAUUGACUUCCUUCAUUGAGCUCUCCCCUUACAGACCCUGUGGGACUUAUCUUUUCUUGACAAGCAGUGAACAGCUGGCCGUUCUGACAAAUUCAGAUGCUGUAUUGCAGUUGCUAUUUUACUGCCUUCAGUUGGAUCCCCAGCAACAAUUGCGUGAUGCUGCUGAGAGAAGUUUAAGUGCUCAUUGGCAAUAUGAACCAAUUAAGCAAAGCAUGAUGCAAGAGAUAGUUUGCGUGGAUUACUUGGGAGUGGUUUCAUCAACACUUCCUGGUAGGCAGAUGAGUAGCACAAUAGUUGGAGGCCUUGAACUGAGCAAGGAAGCUAUGUUGAGCCUUUCUGCAGCUGGACAAUGGGAGAAGCAAAGGGAGACAAACCAGGCAAAAAUAGAUGGUGCAAGCUGCACCAAAAUUAGGGAAGCCCUCAAGUCUCUGAACGAGUACAAAAGGACAUGUGAACUCCAUGAAGUGAGCUACUAUGAUUCCUUCAAGCUUCAGCGUGAAGUACAUGACUUUAAUGCAAAUGUUAGCAGGUUGGAACUAGCUGGACUCUGGGAUGAGAUAGUUGAAAUGCUGCGAAGGCGUGAGCUGCCAGAUGGUUUCGAAAGCCGACAAGAUUGGGUGAAUCUAGGAACCUUGUACCGCCGGUUGGUUGAGCCCUUAGACAUUGCAAACUACUAUAGGCAUUCCAAGAACGAGGACACUGGCUCCUACCUCUCCAAGGGAAGGCCAAGACGUUACAAGUACACCCAGGAGUGGCACGAGCAGUCGCAGCGCAUCUCCUUCGGUUCUAGCCUUGAGUCUUGCUUCUGGGCAAUGGCUGAGGAACUCCAGGCUGAGAUUGCUAACGGCAAAACAUUCGAGGAUGUGAGAGAUAGAGUAGUUAAGCUUGAGAGUGAUGCUCACGGAUGGUCCAUGUCUGGAAGUUUAGGGAAGGAUAUAUUCCUGAGCCGUUCUUCUUUUGUGAUUUGGUGGAAGACGCUCCCGGAGAACCACAGAUCUGCAUCAUGCAUCGCGAAACUUGUGCCCUGGUAAGGAAGCUUUACAUUAUAUGGAUAGAAUUAUUUGCCUUCACAAUGAUGAGGCAGGCAUUCGUGGCAUGUUGCAACUACUGCCACUGUAACUGUAUACCAUAUGCAUGAACUUUGUAAAUAUGCUACUUCGCGUUUUUGUAUCCUACACAAUACAAUCAGUUCAAGUUGAACCAUUUGUUUCUUGCAUCA